UCAGAUUAAAAAGACGUGAGAGAGCAUAUGUUUAUGAACGGGAAAAGGAAAACACAGAAUGGUUCGGGAAACCAGACACCUUUGGGUGGGAAAUUUACCCGAACAUGUUCGAGAGGAGAAAAUUGUUGAACAUUUUAAACGGUAUGGGCGAGUGGAGAGUGUCAAGGUCCUGCGGAAGCGGGGCUCAGAGGGCGGUGUGGCAGCCUUUGUGGAUUUUGUUGACAUCAAAAGUGCUCAGAAAGCUCACAAUGCAGUCAACAAAAUGGGGGACAGAGACCUACGCACUGAUUACAAUGAGCCUGGAUCUGUCCCAAGUGCCGUGCGGGGUUUGGAUGACAAUUCCCCCUCUAGCAGUCAUACGAGGGAUGUUUCGGGGUUCUCGAGGGGUGCCGUGGGGCCAGUUUAUGGGCCCCCGGUGUCUCUCCACACCAGAGAGGGGCGCUAUGAACGCAGACUAGACGGCAGCUCUGACAGUCGGGAUCGAGCGUAUGAACACAGUCCUUAUGGACACCAUGAGCGUGGCAGUACUUUUGAUAGGCCACGGCACUACAACACAGACUAUUACCGUGACCGCACAAUGUUUGCCUCUGGAGUCAGCUCCAGCCCUGCAGCCAGCACGAUUAGUGGGGGAUUUGAUACCCCAGAGACUCAUUUUGAGUCACGAAUCCGUGACCCCUUCAGCCUUUCCAGUGCUGCGCGCCGGGACCCGUACCGCGAUGACAGAGGGCGGCGGGUUGAUCGGACAUACCAUCACCGACGCAGCCGAUCCUCUCACUCGUCACAGUCACGACACCCUUCCCCACAAAGGACCACAGGGCAAACACCCAAAGCCCCUCAUUCCCCCAAGAGAGCCCCAGUUUCCCCAAGCCGAGGCCCACGAUCACGUUCCCACAGUCGGUCAUCCAGCUCUGACUCAGUGGGCAGCACCAGCAGUACUGGAAGUGGCAGUAGUGAUUCAAAUAGCAGUUCAAGUGAAGGAUCCCGAGCGCGAUCAGUUCAGUCUGCAGCCACUCAUGUACCUCCAGCCCCUCCACCCCUGUCCUUGGAUUCUGAUGAGCCACGUAGGAGCUUUGGCAUCAGAGUUCAGAACCUACCUGUGCGAUCCACAGACACAAGCUUAAAAGAUGGGCUUUUCCAUGAAUUUAAGAAGUAUGGAAAAGUGACAUCUGUGCAGAUCCAUGGAGCUUCUGAAGAAAGGUAUGGCCUGGUCUUCUUCAGACAGCAAGAAGAUCAAGAGAAAGCUCUCAGUGUUUCCAAAGGAAAGCUCUUCUUUGGCAUGCUGAUUGAGGUCACUGCCUGGAAUGGCCCUGAAACGGAAAGCGAGAAUGAAUUUCGGCCGCUUGAUGGCCGGAUCGAUGAGUUUCACCCAAAAGCCACUCGUACACUGUUCAUUGGAAAUCUGGAGAAGACGACCAACUACCAGCAACUGCUUGAUGUCUUUCAGCGCUUUGGAGAGAUAGUGGAUAUUGACAUAAAGAGAGUCAAUGGAGUUCCUCAGUAUGCCUUUGUGCAGUACUCUGAUAUUGCCAGUGUUUGUAAGGCUAUAAAGAAAAUGGAUGGGGAAUACUUGGGAACCAACAGACUCAAGCUGGGAUUUGGAAAGAGCAUGCCCACAACAUGUGUCUGGCUUGAUGGCUUGGCCUCCAGUAUUACAGAGCAGUAUCUCACGCGACACUUCUGUCGUUAUGGACACGUGGUUAAGGUCGUGUUUGAUAGAUUAAAAGGAAUGGCGCUCAUCCUGUACAACAACACAGAAUUUGCUCAGGCUGCGGUGAGAGAGACCAAAGGCUGGAAGAUUGGGGGCAACAAAAUUAAGGUUGAUUUUGCCAGUCAGGAGAGUCAGAUGGCAUUCUAUCGCUCCAUGCAGGCAUCAGGACAGGACAUUAGAGACUUCUAUGAAAUUCCAUCAGAGAGAAGAGAUGAUCGCAGACCUCCCUAUCAUGACUUCUCAGCUGAGAGGGCGUACUAUGAGAAUGUCCGCACCCCGGGACUUUAUGCUGAGGACCCUCGUCGUGAUUAUUCAGCCCGUAGCCGUGAGCGUUACACAGAAUUGGACCAUUACCAAGGUGACCACUAUGAUCCUCGUUACCAUGACGAUCCUCGCGAAUACAGAGACUACAGAGAUCCCUUUGAGCAGGACAUAAGGAAGUACAGUUACAUCCAACGGGAGCGUGAGAGAGAGCGUGAGCGUUUCGAGGCUGAUCGCAGUAGGUGGAGUCCAUCGCAUCAGAGACGUCCAAUCACCCCUGCCACAUCCCCAUCACCAUCUGAGCGUGUCUCGCGGGAAGCUGAACGACGGGUGUACAGGCACUCGUCUGAACGAAGUGGAAGCUGUAGCUCACUUUCACCUCCACCACAAUAUGAGAAGUCUGAUAAGUCCCCAAUAGAUUACAAAAAUGAGGGGCUCGAUCGAGAAAUGGAGCAGAUUGAAACGGAGCGUAUGAGUGGGGCAGAGAGGAGCAAGCGUGCCAGGCGAAAAGAGAAAGCAGACAAGGAGAAGGGAGAAAAACUUAAGUCAAGAAGGGGAAAGGUUCAGUCUCCCAGUGUACCUCAUGCAGAAACAGACAGGGAGGCAAGUCUGGAUGCAAGUUCUGGGAAGCUAAAAGCCUCAGACUUUGAUGGCACAGAGAAGCAGAGACAUAAAGGUGAUGGUGAACCUUCUCCUGCUGAUCAAAUAUCUCGCCUUGAGCCCCAAAAAGGAGAGAGACUUGAUCAAGUUAAAAGUGAUACAGUGGACAGAGAUGGUAAAGGUAAAACAAAGAAACAUUUAAAAUCCGACUCUGGGAUCGAUGGAAAAGACUCUGUUUCGGACCCUGACAGGCUUGCAGCAAGAAAAAGGCGCUUUGGCGAUCCCAGUGGUAAAGCCAUUAGACAGAAAAGGGGUCGGCUGGAGGAGGAGUCAAGUCUUGGACUUAACCAGUCAGCGGACUCUGGGUCAAACAGUGCUUUUGCAAAGGACACGGAAGUUGAUGUGAAGAUGUUGGAAAAGGAAGGCCAGAAAAAAGAGCAUUCAAAGUCAAAGCCUGAGAGAUUGGUUGCACAUUAUGGUCAAAGAGAAGAGCACGAUCCUAGCUCCAGUACGGCUGGAAGAGGACAGGGUCUUAUGCAUCCAGGAGAAAUUUCAGAAGUAGAUAUUGACACUUUGGACCCUGCUAAAAGUCAUCCUGGAUCAAGUGUAAGCAGGAGGUUGUCCAAUGAAGGGGGAUUGGACAAGGACAGCAAAGUUAGGGAGGAUUACAUGUCGUUGGACAUUGACCUCUCUCAGAGUUAUCGCAAACAAAUGGAGCAAAACAGGAGGCUUCGACAGCAGAUGCAGGAAUCUGAUAAACCAGGUAGACCAGGAACUCCUCAGAGUCUGGACACAGAAGACUUUGAGCAUCGUAGUCUGGUGCAUGAGGUAGGUAAGCCACCCCAGGAUGUCACUGAUAAUUCUCCAUCCAACAAAAAUAAGAAACAAGAAUCUUUUGACUUGGAUUUGAGCUCAAAGAGAGAACGGGUAUACCGGAGCUCUCGGCAAAAGAGUGAGGACUCUGAAUGGAACCAUCCUACAUCACCAAGAUUGCUGCAAGCAUCUCUAAACACAGAUGAAGAAUAUAAUGAGAAUCCUCAUGCGCUGACUGGUAAAGACAUCAAGGAGCCGCCGAAACCUGAAGAUAACGCUCAUUCAGAACUGCAUGCAGUAAAAAGGGUACAUGCCUCACAUAUGUCCAAGCUGAGCACACCUCUGCAAGAUGAACAGCAGAAACGCUGGGAUGCACGUUUAAAGCAAGACUUAUUGCCUGACUUGGGGUUCUCUAGCAGCAGUGGCAAAAGACGGCUUAAUCGUAAAUAUUUAGACUAUGGCCUUUGGCAUGAUUUGGAACCAGGUGAAGUGCGGUCAGAUUCUGAGGAAGAUCGUGAAAACAAACCAAAUUCACCAAUGCCCUCAACCUCUGUGUCUUUCUCAGAACGGCAUCGUGUAGACAGAAUGCCCGAGUCAAAGUUGUCCACCUCAUCUGAGAGGAACAAAUUCUAUUCUUUUGCUCUGGACCAGAAAAUUACACCAGAUACCAAGGCAUUGUUGGAACGUGCAAAGUCUCUUUCUUCUUCAAGGGAAGAUAAUUGGUCGUUCUUGGACUGUGACUCACAUUUUGCCAGUUUUCGAAGUAGAAAGGAUACGGAAAAAGUUGAAUCAACACCACGACCAACACCCUCAUGGUACAUGAAGAAGAAAAAAAUUCGCAGUGAGUCUGAGGAUAAACUAGAUGACAGAAAGGAAGAUCCCAAGCCAGAGGAACAGGAACGGCGGGAACUUUUUGCUUCACGUUUUCUUCAUAGUUCAAUUUUUGAACAGGAUUCAAGGCGCCUUCAACAUCUGGAACGAAAACAUGAAGAUCCUGAACACGGCCUUGGGUAUCAUACUCCCCAGCAAGGUGCGACAGAGCCUGAUUCAGAGCCAGUUGUACUCUUUCAUAGCCGCUUUUUAGAGCUAACAAGGUUGCAGCAACAAAAGGAGAAGGACCAAUCUCAGCAAGAAAUCAAGAGAAGUGAGAGCAUAGAUGGUAACAGAAUAGAUAAACCACAGGAAGAUGAGGAAAAACCUCAGCAACAGCUUUGCAGUUCUGACCAUAUUCAGGAGCCAGAGAUUAAACCAGUCAGUCCCUCUCAAGUUGUGCAGAAUUCACAGCCACUUUUGAUGCUUAAGGAGACAUCACCUCCAUUAGAAAAAGCUAGUGAUCCAACACCUUCUCCUCCCUCUCAAAUGCCUUUGGAUGUGGUAGUGAAAGAGGAGGAAAAAUAUGUGCCCACAUCACAUCCCUUGGUUGAGGAGUCUUCAACAGCUGUCCUCCCUGAAUGCAAAGAGUCAAAGUCCCCAGUGACAGAAACUAAAUUGUCACCUAACAGUGAUAAAACAGAGGUGAAGGGUCUUGACAAAGAUAUUGAACAUUUCUCUGGAGAAGUUACACAGACUAAUGAAACUCCAAAGAACUGCCUUGAGCAAAAGCCUGAAUCAGAAUGUGAGCCUCCCGAAUUGCCAUGCUCUGCCUCUGCCUCUCCAAUGCUCAUAGAGGAAAUGGGAAGUUCAAGUAAAACCGAGUCUGUUCCUGUAGAAACUAAAAUUCAACUCAAAGACGAGGACCAGAAGGUUUCAGAUAACUACGCAAUUGAGGAACCAGUCUCACCACCACAGAAGUCAAAAACUAAAAAGAAAGUGCCUCCAGCAACACCAGUCACCCCUUUGACUCAAUCAUGCCUCUCUGAUAAACAAGCUGUACGUAAGAGUGAACGUAUUGAUAGAGAGAAGCUUAAACGUUCCUCUUCUCCAAGAGGAGAGUCAUCUAAGGCCAUCCCAGAUUCCAAGUCAACCAGCAAGUCUCCAAUCCAUGGACCCGAAGCUGAGCCAGAACAGAACGUACCACCAGUAAGGGCAAGGCGUCGAAAUGUGCGCUCUGUCUAUGCCACCCCUGUUGAAGACGAAUCUGCUCAACAGACCAGUAAAGAUGUAGAAUCACCACGUCCUGCCAGGAAACGUACAGUUGGUGAUAAGGAUAUAAUGAAUCCACAGCCAUCUGAGCAGGAGAGCCUUACCCCACCACAACGAGGGCGAGGGCGCCCUCCCAAGAAUCGUCGCCAGGGAGAAGAUGUACCAGCUGCAAAAUGUGACCGAGCAAAAGCAACUGAGACCAAAGAGACAGAUAUAAAUGACUUGGGCAACAAUGAAGGAGUCACCAAAACAGAGAAAGGCAAGAAUUCUUCCCACACCCAGAAAGGAACAUAUCAAGGGUCUGCAUUGUCUACCGCUGCACUUGGAAAGAAGGGGGAUAAAACUGAGAAAAUUCCAGAAAAUACAAAACUUGUGACUGAGGAUAAGUCCCUUGUGCUUAAAAACCUCAGAGUCAGACUUGAUGUUACCGAAGUCAAGGCCAUGCUCCAGUCUGGAGAUGAUGAUUCAGGGCAUGAUGAUUCUCCUAAAAAGAAUAAUCCUAGUGUCUCCACUAAAGACUCGUUGGAUCCAAGUUUGGUGAAAGAUGUUUUGGUCGAUAAUAAUGAAAGUAAAGAUAAAGCGCUUGCAGACUCAGCCAAUACUGGAGACCCUCAAGAAACACUUUUAUCCCAGCAAAUGGAACUUGAGCAAGCUGUAGAACAUAUUUCCAAGCUCACAGAAGACACUACCCCUCUACAGUUCAAAAAUGUCUCCACAGAGCAACCCGUUCCAUUGCCGGAACUUGAAGAAGUGCCAGAACGUGAGACUGAGGAAGAGAAGCCUGCCAAUCCUGCCAGUGAGACUGAACUUGCUGCAGCUAUUGAUUCUAUCACAAAUGAGGAUGUAUCUUGCCCCGUUUCACAAGAUCCAGUCAUAGGACCAGUCAUGGAUACUGAUCCUGACAUUCAGACUCUAAUUCCAGAUUCUAAGGUGGUGGAUCCUGGCUUGAGCACAGCCUCAGAGGAAGUUUCAGCUUCAGGGACGCCUAGAAAAGGAGGUAAAGGCAGAGGAAAAUCCCAGAAGAGACCCAAAGCUCAAAAGGGUCCCGUAGGCCGAAAGGAGUUUAUCAAAGAGACUGUGUUGGAAACUGAGACUAUGUCUGUCAAAUCACCAGGGUCCAUGCAAGCAAAUUUACAGGUAACCACAGAGGGAUCUUCACCACCUGCUGCUACUGUCGUUCCUCCUCCCCCUAAGCAGGACAUGACUUUAACAGGAAGUGUCACUAAAAUACCCAAGGAACUAGAUGUGCCUCCCAAAGACCAGUCUGAAGUUCUCAAAUCCUCUGGCCACACAGGUGAUAAAAGCCCAGUGCCCUUGAAGCCACAACAACUCUAUGACUGUGCAUCCCCAUCUUCCUCAUUGUCACCAUCAAGACCUUGUCUCAAACAAUCACAUCCAGUUAGGCUCCCUGUCUCCCCGACGGACCGACACAGUCUGUCCAAAGAGGCAGGGGUUCUUAUUCCUCCUGUGACAUCUGCAGCCUCAGUAGAUAACCCAGCAUUAACCUCAGACUUAUCUGACCAUGACCCAGACACUACUGACUUGCGGAAAAUUCUCUCCAAGCCCAAAAGUGUUCCGUCCUCGGAUGUGAGUGGGACACAUGGCAAAGAGCAUACUCACUCUGAAAAGGAAGGUGAGACCCAGUCAGAUAUAGGAACAACUAAGAGCUCUCCACCUGAUAAUAAACAACCUUCCCUUUCAGCUCAACCAGUUGUCCGGCCACCAGCGUCAUUACCUUCGCAUGAGACAAAGCAAGUCUUUGGUGAGAAAUCUGUGAUAUCCGUCAUUGCCUCCACCGGCACUUCAGUCAUCAGUCGCAUUUGUAACCCACCUGACACUGAUGAAAAAUCAAAUAUUACAAUGGUAAAACCUUUUAUGGACAAACAAGCCCCAAAACAGAAAUACCAAGCCAUUACGGAGGAUAGUGGUCAAUACCAUGGACCAUCCGUUGGAGAAGAGGGUGGAAAUGCAGGACGUUAUGUGGUGGAGAGCACACCUCUGAGCACAGGAUCCAGCCCAGGUCUGAGAGUGAAUACCCCUGAGGGAGUGGUAGUACUGAGUCACUCAGGACAGAAGAAGGAAGGACCACACCGCAUUAGUGCCAAAAUCAGCCAGAUUCCUCCAGCUAGUGCUGUUGACCUAGAGUCACAGCAUCUGGUGUCAAUGCCUCAAAUUAAACAGGACCUUUAUACUGCCUCUCAGCCAACCACUCCAAAGUGUCCAAUACCCCCAUCUGACCAUGGUCAUUCUCUGAAGACACAGCCGACCGUGUCUUCCAUUAAGCAAGAGAGUACAGGAUUAGAUAAACUGGACUCACCGUACCCCACUGGUCAGAGUGGAGUCGUGAAAAGACUACAGCCAUCUGCUGGCUGCCCUCAGGUCAUGGGUUACGCUGACUACACACUGUUAUUGAAGCAUACUAAAAAGGGGGAUGGACCUGAGCCACUUAAUGUUGAUCCUGUGAAACCUGCGUGGGCAACCACUAUAAGUCCUCACCUUCCCUCUCCAUCUGGUAAUCAUGUUGCUUUUAUGCCUAGCACUCCUACAGAAAGGGCCCCCUCACACCUCAGCGGAGCUAAACAAGAACCCCGGUCUCCACGGAAAUCUGGGCAUCCUCACUCUCCCUUUGUGUCUUCUCCUAUUGGCUCCUCAUCACCAAAAGCAGUGCCUGUGGUGCUAGCCCCUGGUAUGCCAUCUAUGUCACAGUAUGUACCCAGUGUGCAUCACUCUGAGCAAUCAGUUAUCAUGCCUCCACAUAGCACCCAUGGCAGCCUUGGAAGGAUGUCCCCCCACCGUGUAAGUCAAACUAUUCCCAUGGGGCACCUCUCUCAGGGAGAGGGAAGGGUUAAUACUCCUCCACUCCAGUUGAUGAGUUAUGGGAUUCAUUCAGAGUCUCUUACAUCACCUUGGUCUGGCACUGCGCAGCAACGACCUACAUCUCCAACAGUGGGAAACCGGGAAAUGGUCCUAAAAGUAAACCCUAGUAGCUCAAGAAGUCAUGAAAGUGGUGAGGAGGAGGCCCGACGAUUUCAUCCAGCCCUCGGAAGAUCAUCAACCAGCCAGUUAAAACCAGAAACCAUACAGUCAGAUUACCGUGGAACACACAGUGGUUUGGCACUUGAGAGAUUCAAUAUGUCACAGAUUCCACAUAGAGACAUGCGUUUGCUAAUGCACCACCAGCAGGGAGAUCGUGCAGCCUCUGAGCUACUCCAGGGACAUGGUCCAGAGAACGCCCCCUCAUCCUCAACUUCCACCAGCAUAACAUCAUCCUUGUCUCCACGGGCACAUCUGGUGGGAAAAGGUCUCUCAGAUACAGACCCCACAAAAGCACUAGAGGUUAAACGACCAUCUUCUCCUAACACUAAGGAAGGUAUUAUUGGGAGUCAUGGGGCAGUGCCAGCCAUGGCAUCCCCUCAGCGAGUGCAGCUAUUGCCAUCAGGGACAGGAGCAUCCUUCUCAGAGUAUCCUGCCAUGUACACCAACAUGAGGGUUGUUCACGCUCAGUUUACUGAAGGUUCACCCAUGGGGAUUAACCCGGCUCCCACUAUAACUUCUGGUCAGGGUUCUCAAGAUGCAGAGCCAAGUCAUACCCAAACUGAUGGAAAAGUGGAACAGGCUGGACUUCAGGUUGUAAAUAUGAUGCAGCUUCUAACGAAAUAUCCUAUUGUGUGGCAAGGCUUGUUGGCAAUAAAGAACGACUCUGCAGCAGUCCAGUUGCAUUUCGUCUGUGGCAACAAAGCUUUGGCACUCAGAUCCUUGCCUUUACCUGAGGGUGGAGCUCUCCUUCGCAUCGCUCAGAGGAUGAGAUUAGAAGCAUCACAGCUAGAGAGCGUGGCUCGCAGAAUGACGGGUGAGAGUGAGUUCUGUUUGUUAUUGGCUCUGCCAUGUGGACGUGAUCAAGAAGAUGUCCUGAAUCAGACUCAGGCCCUCAAGUCUGCUUUCAUUAACUACCUGCAAGCCAAGCUGGCUGCAGGAAUCAUCAAUGUUCCCAACCCUGGCUCCAAUCAGCCUGCCUACGUGUUGCAGAUAUUUCCACCAUGUGAAUUUUCGGAGAGCCACCUCUCCAGGCUUGCCCCUGACCUCCUCAACAGGGUCUCCAAUAUCUCUCCACACCUCAUGAUCGUCAUUACAUCUGUGUGAUGUGCCCUUCCAUCAGGUUUCAUCGACUCUUCCAGAGACACACUCACACUUUCAGACUCAAGGAAAGUGCUAUUGGAUAUGACUCUCUUGGAGACUUUGGAAAUGAGAAGUCCCUCUGGAGAUAAACCUUCUUUAUAUUCAUUUCUCUCAGCAUCGUUUCCAGUCAUGGUGGUUUUCUGACUCUUGGGAGAGUAUAUAAGGGUGCACCAACACAGAUCUCUGUUCUAUAGUAUGUACAGUCUACGCCGAUCAUUUCUCUGCUGUAUUUGUAUUUAUUGGUGAAUUUUAUUUUUACCCAUGGAAAUACUUUGGAGAAAAAAAAAAUGUGGAUGUUUAAAGAAUGAGAAAAGCGAAGUGACAACACUUGGACAUUUUUUUCUCUCUUCAUUCUUGACUGAUUUUGGUUCUGUCGUAUUUUUAAAGGAUCAUAGAAACAAUGUAACAGACAGGUAUGAAAAUCAUGUGCAAACUUCAUCGGUCAGUGCUUGUGUGGAGGGGGAAAAUUGCACUGAAAGAAUCAUUAACCAGAGGAUCUAUUCAUCUCCCUACCCUUUUGUUCUCUCUUUGCUACUUAUUUGGAAUAGGCUUUUUCCGCAUUGAAGAGCUGCAGGAGUUGGGAAUUUUUGGAUUGCCGGACUGUAAAUAUUUUAAAUACUAAAACUUUGGCAAAUGGCCUGAGCCCAAGUGAUGCCUCAUAUCUUCAACCAUGGAACUACAAUGUCGCAAAGAGUGAAACAAGCUAAAUGAGACAGAACUUAAUUUGUGAUGUAUAUACUUGUAAAACGAUGGGCUGGCAGCUCUUUCAAGGGUUUGUUGCAGGCACUUCAAAUUUUGUUACUCAA